CUCUCGUUCCCGCUGCCUGAAAGCAACCACUGCAGCUGCCUACCUGAGCUCCCGCAUCGUAUCUUGUUAGUUACAAAUAUUCUAUAUUCCAUCCUAGAGAGAGAAACAAACAAAAGAGUUUAACUUCAUCAGAGGCACCUAGACAGAGAAAAAGCAUACAGCAUCUAAUAGGGCAAAAAAAAAAAAACCUCCGUAAACUCAAAGCAAUUUCAUUUCAGAGAGAGAGAGAGAGAGAGAGAGAGAGAGAGGAGGAGAAAAUGCAUUUUCUAUAUAUGUGUGUAUAGAAGGAGGAAUUCUGAAUCCUAAAUCGUCGUGAAUGCGAAUUUUGCUCUGGAAAGAUUUGAGCUGAAUUGCGGCUAUAUUGGACGUAAACGAGAAUGCCAGGUAAAAGUUCAUGCGUUGGCUAUGUGAAGCAUGAGCUAAGCGAAAUGUGAUUUGCGAGUCGGUGAAAAGAGUUUGAUAUGAUUGUAGGCGAGACGAUUUCAGUUCAGGAGAAUGAAAGGGCUGAAGGUGUGGAUGUGGAGACUUUUGAGGAAGAGAAACGAAGAACUAGGAGCAGAUCUCUGAAGAAAAAGGCAGUGAGUGCAUCUACGAGGCUCACUCACAGUCUCCGGAAGCGCGGGAAGCGGGUAGCUGAUUGCCGAUACGCGGCGAUUUCGAUUAAUGAUGUCCGAGACGCGGAGGAGGAAGCGGCCGUGAACGCGUUUCGCCAGGCAUUGAUUGCAAAAGACCUGCUUCCGUCUCGCCUUGACGAUUACCACACUUUAUUGAGGUUUCUAAAGGCUCGAAAGUUUGAUCUUGAUAAAACUCUCUUGAUGUGGUCAGAAAUGCUCAAGUGGAGGAAAGAGCAGAGAAUCGAUUCUAUCAUACAGGAUUUUAUAUAUGAUGAAUAUGAAGAAGUUCAGCAAUAUUAUCCUCAUGGUUUUCAUGGUGUAGACAAAGAGGGUCGGCCUGUUUAUAUAGAAAGACUUGGAAAAAUUGAACCUAGCAAGCUAAUGGGUGUCACCACAGUGGAUCGGUUUUUAAAAUAUCAUAUUCAGGGGUUUGAGAAGACUUUUGCUGAGAAAUUUCCUGCAUGUUCUAUUGCAGCCAAGAGGCACAUAGAUUCUACAAUAACAAUAUUGGAUGUGCAUGGCCUGAAUUGGAUGAGUUUUGGAAAGGUCGCACAUGAUCUUGUUAUGCGUAUGCAGAAAAUUGAUGGUGACAACUAUCCUGAGACAUUACAUCAGAUGUUCAUUGUAAAUGCUGGUAGUGGAUUCAAACUGCUAUGGAACACAGCAAAGGGCUUUCUUGACCCAAGGACUACAGCAAAGAUAAAUGUUUUAGGCAAUAAAUUCCAAAAUAAGUUAUUAGAAGUUAUAGACUCAAGCCAAUUGCCAGAAUUCCUUGGUGGAUCUUGUUCAUGCCCCAAUGAAGGCGGUUGUCUUAGAUCUGACAAGGGCCCCUGGAAUGAUCCAGAAAUAAUGAAACUGGUACAUGCUGGAGAAGCAAUAUACUUGAGGAAAAUGAAGAGUUUCUCUGAUGAAGAUGAUUUAGAAAUUAAGUCAUUUCCCUCUAGGGUUUCCAGAAGUGAAAUAUAUUCUGCUAAUUUAGGCUUAGAUGUAAGGCCAAAUACAUCAGGCUUCAUUCAAGAAAUGCCAAAUACAUCAGGCUUCAUUCAAGAAAUGCCACUUUCUGAGGAAGGAAGGAUGGUUGAUCAUGCUUCUAUCUGCAGCCUGGUUGAUAGUCCAGCAAGAGUUGAAGAUUCUAGUUCAACAAAUGAUUCAACAAAUAAUGUCGGCACAACAAUGGUGCAGAAGAAGUUCAUUCCCCAUAUAACAAGUUUUAUUCACUUCAUGCUCAAAUUGUUAGCAUGGAUAUAUCUUCUCCUGCCAGCAGUGGGGAGAAUUUUUGCAUCCCGACAUGCAGACAGACAAUUACCUAACCAACAAAAUCCACCAGUAGAAGAUUCAAUUUCUCAAGAGCAACAUAUUUCACAGGAUAUAAAAGAGGACUCGCUCCAUCCAUGCUGGCAGAGGCUGAAAAAUUUAGAAACAAUGGUAGAUGAGCUGGUCAAUAAACCUACCAAAAUUCCUCCUGAGAAAGAGGACAUGCUUCUUGAAUCAUUGAGUAGGAUUAGAUCUAUAGAGCAUGAUCUACAGAAGACUAAGAAAGCUCUGCUUGCAACUGCAUCAAAACAGAUAGAGCUUGCUGAGUCGCUGGAAAAUCUUAAAGUGAGCGCCUUAGCUGGAGUGAACUCCUGUUGGAGAAGAAAAUUCAUAACUUUUCCUCCUGAAAGAUGAGAUGCAUUUCUUUGAAACACAAGUUUGUUGAUGUUGUUAUUGCGCAACGCUUUGUGAUUCUCCAGAAUUAAGUCUUUACCACAUGAUGUGCUCAGCAAAUUCAAAGGGAUUAGCCAUUCUAGGUUCUUAGCCUGCAAAGUUAAAGAAUGCCUCCCUCUGCGUGUGGCCAUGGAUUUCAAGAUAUUUCAGAUAAGUGUGGAAGUGAUACGAUAGCCGUACCAUAUUCUUCAUGAUAUUCAGAAACAGUAUCUCAUUUCAGAAAAGAGCUUUACUACAAAAAUUUUUGCACUGGUCAAUUUUAAUGCAACUCCAUUGUUUCAUCAUUAUUUUGUGCAAUGGCGUGGACAUCCAUAAGUGUACGUGUCAUCUAAUGAUGGUCGUAAUUUUAUUUUUAAUCUGUAUUUCAAUUGUGGAAAGGGUUGGGAUCUAGCAAAUAGGCAUAGGCCUUCCUUUUUAUCCUUC